UGCAUCAUCUGCCCCGGAAGUGUUUCGGAAGCGGCUAGUGGCGGCUAGCACUAGCUUUGUAUGUAGCUGAGACCACAACAACAUUUUCUAUCGUAUUAGUACGAACUUGAAGAGGAUUUAACAGCUAUAAAACACGAGUGAUUCCAUGUAAUCAUUCACCACAGUUAGUGACGACGAAGUAAUAUAACCCCCCCCCCCGUAGUUUAUACCAGUUAGCACGACGCUAGCUAACAGAUUAAUACCCGAAGGUAAGAAAUCAGCAGCCAUGACUCUGGUUGUCGAUCGGGAACCAAGAAAGACUGCGGGCAACCGCAUGUCCAAACUACUGGACGCAGAGGAAGAGGACGAGUUCUACAAGACCACUUAUGGAGGCUUCAACGACGAAUCAGGAGAUGAUGAAUACCAUGGAGAACAUUCAGACACAGAGGACGAGGUGGACAGUGACUUUGACAUCGAUGAAGGAGACGAGCCAGACAGCGACCAGGAGGAGGACGCUCCUCGGCGGAAAAGUCGAGUUGUCACUAAGGCUUAUAAGGAACCUAUAAAGGUGGCAAAACCCAAACCCAAAAGACCCUCUGAGGAGCUGAAGAAGACUGAGAAAACUAAAGUGGAGCUAAAAAGGAGGAUUCCACAAGAAUACCAAGAUUUCAGUGAAACUCGGAAGUCUGUGCGACAGUCCACCAGUGAACAUACCAGAAAGACCAACCUGCGCUUGCAGGAGCGCCAGGACGCCCCUCGGAGGAGGAGAGGUGCUCAUCGUGACCGGCCCCUUACCCAGGAGGAGCUGCUGGCUGAGGCCAAGAUCACAGCUGAGAUCAACAUUCGAUCUUUAGAGAAUUAUGAGCGUCUGGAGGCUGACAAGAAGAAACAAGUCCACAAGAAGCGGCGUUUCGAGGGGCCGACCAUCCGCUACCACUCAGUCCUGAUGCCCCUCGUCUCUCACUCAGUCCUGAAAGAGGAAAAUGUGGAUGUUGAAGGGUUGGAUCAAGAUGUUCCUCAGACUGCACCACAGAACCCCACUACACCGGCCCAGCAGGCUUCCGGAGGCUUGUGCUCCCGUACCUACAUAACCUUCAGUGACGACGAGGCUUUCGAGGCGGCCUUCCCUCGCAGCGCACAGUCUAGUCCUCAGCUGCCCAUCCAGGAGGUUUGUCCUGUCACCCACAAGGCUGCACUGUACCGAGACCCAGUCACUGACAUACCCUACGCUAACACACGGGCUUUCCGCAUCAUCCGGGAAGCGUACCGCAAGUACGUGGCUGCUCAUGGAUUUCCAAACACUGGGACGGGACUUGACUCCUCAGCGUCUAAGGGUGCUCGUCAGAAAAUGCUUGUCAAACAGAGUGCGGUUGCAACAUAGGUUGGUUUCGUAAGGAGUUUAGGAAAUCGGUUUGUUCAGGUACAGUCACUGGAUUGUGUGACAUGAGGGAGAAAUCAUUAGCAUUUGACAUCUUUGGACCAAGGAGUCAUUGUGAUGGUUGCGUUACAGGUGCUGAAAUAAUGAAUGGGAAUAUUUUGCAGAUAUUUUUACUCAGUACAGCAGCACAAUGAAAAACCAACAUUGCCAGAGCAACCUAUUCCCUCAAAGUGCAGGAACAGUCUUACUUGUGAUAUCUCUGUGAGUUUGUUUUCGUAAAAUCCAGACUGAGCGCAUGAAGACCUACAACUUGCUUUGGAAUUCAAACAAUGUUUACGUCUGCACUUUGGCAGCUUUGAUUUUUUUAAAAUAAUGAUUUUCCUUUUUUUACUGUUCAGAUUUUUUGUUUCUACAAAUGUACAUACGUCUCAACUAAAAAAAUAAAUAUUUGAAACUUUGAAUAAUUUA